AUGUAUGAUAUACAGAAAUUGCUAUCCCUCAGUCUGUUCAUCGUUAUACAAUCUUUCAUAUUUAUCUAUCUAUCUAUCUAUCUAUCUAUCUAUCUAUCAUAUCUCAGUCUGUUCAUAUCUAUCUAUCUAUCUCUAUCUAUCUAUCUAUCUAUCUCAGUCUGUUCAUAUCAUCUCAUCUAUCUAUCUCUAUCUCAUCUGUUCAUAUCAUCUAUCUAUCUCUCUAUCUAUCUAUCAGUCUGCUCAUUAUCUAUCUAUCUCAGUCUGUUCAUAUCUAUCUCAGUCUGUUCAUAUCUAUUUAUCUAUCUAUGUCAGUCUAUACAUAUCUAUCUAUCUAUUUUAUCUCAGUCUGUUCAUAUCAGUCUAUCUAUCUAUCUCAGUCUGUUCAUAUCUAUCUAUCUAUCUAUCUAUCUAUCUAUCACACUGUCUAUCUAUCCAUCUCAGUCUGCUCAUAGCUAUCUAUCUAUCUAUCUCAGGCUGUUCAUAUCUAUCUAUCUAUCUAUCUAUCUAUCUAUCUGCCUAUCCUCUUCCUUUUCAAAUUUCUUAAUUGAACUUCUUUCGUUCAGUUUCCUUUCACACUUUUUCCUUUUGAAUUUAUUGCGCUUCUCCUCCUCCUUCAUCUCUUUCUUUCUUUCUUUCUUUCUUUCUUUCCUUUUUCUCUCUCUCACUCCCUCCUUUUUUCACUUCCUCUCCUCUUUACCUCUCUUUCUCAAUCUGUCUCUUGCCACCAUUUUUUUCUUAUUGUACUUUUUUGUGAUAUAUCCCUCUCUUUCUCUUUCUCUCUCUCUCUCUCUCUCCCCCUUGCCCGUCUCUUUUUCAGUCUUUCUCGCAUUUCAUUUCUUUCAGCAAUUUUGUUUAUUUACUUAUUGUAAUUUUGUCCUUGAUGCUCUCUAUCUCUUUCUCUCUCUCUCUCUCUUUCUCUCUCUCUCUCUCUCUCUCUCUCUCUCUCUCUCUCUCUUUUCUCGCUUUCUCUCUUUAAGCUCUGUAAAAACAUGCGUUUGUGAGGGACCCAGUAAAAAAAUUCAUUCAAUCACCCAUUUCCUUUUUAUCUCGAUUUUUCUUUUCUUAAUAUUUUAG